AUGCGCUUCUUCAAUGUGCCUUUUUUUGUGGCCCUGCUAGGUCUGACCGAGGCGGCUCCCAAGCCGAAUAGCCGGAAGACGCAGCACCAUACUUCCACCAAAGUCUCCUAUAAGACCCAACUCGCUGUCGAACCCCAUUAUGGCCACGUCCCGACGGCUACUCUCACACGAACUCAGACCCUACCCCCGAUCAUUAUCAUUUAUACUAGCCAUCCGACUGUGACGAAGACUCCGCCGGUAGUCACCGACACUAAGACUAAAUUUGUGAAACGGACUACCUCAGUCACUGCUAAAGCAAACACUGAUACAGUUUGCGUUACGUCAACUGAGUUUGAUACGACGACGAGGACUCACACUCCGCCGGCGGUCACUAAUACCGUCUGUACGGAUACUACUAUCACAACUACGUCGACCUCGCAUAUCCCAACUAUAUAUGGAUUUACCCCAAUUGUCGACACUCUCCCUACUUCCACUGCUGUUGAAGAAGUAAAAAGGGACCUAGUGUCCCUAGAGCGCCGCUCGCAAGUCAUUGGUCAUAAGGACUUCAAAUACCCUAAGUCAGUCAAGUGUAUACAUGAAGUGUUUGUAGAAGUCAUCAUCAUCGAAAUCAUCAUCGGCCACCCUAUCACUAAGUGGCUGCCCGCCCAUACAACUUGCGUCACUAAGACCGACACUAUCUCUGUCACUAAGACCAUCGUCCCUCCCGAUGUCUCGGCCACCGUCACCGACACUAUCACCUCGACCGUCUGCGUCGGCACCACCCUACCUGUCGAGACUGACACAGUCACAAGAACCGACACCGCCACCGCUUCGGUCGUGAGCACUGCUUACGACGCCUGUGCCACUAACAACAUUGCCAUCUCCCCAUUCUCUUCUGACUACGGCAGACUCGCUGGCCUAAGCCCACAAUACCUCCCCCUUCCCGAUGGUGUCACCUUGACGCAGGCACCGAGCAACAUCAAUACCCCUUACGACUGUUGUGUAAGCUGUGUCCAGGAUACCAGCUGUGUUUUGGCUAGUUUAGAAGACGGCGUAUGCUCUCUUGUAAAUGCGGAAACCUGCGAUCCGUCUGAAAACCGGCUUACGGCCUAUAUUUCGGCCAGGGGGUACACUGAUGUCAGCCUGUCGAACGGCGCCUGUGGGUAUCUUGUUGGUCACUUGAGGCGACGGGUGAGCUGA